AUGAUUGCCAAGGUCGUUGCAGCCGUCGGGGCUCUUUUCCAGUUGGGGCUUCAGUGGGGCGGGGACAACUACGACAACUACGACUACUACGACUACUACGACUACUACUACUACUUCUACGACUACUACUUCUACGACUACUACGACUACUACGACUACUACGACUACUACGACUACUACGACUACUACGACUACUACGACUACGACGACUACGACUACGACGACUACGACUACGACUCCGACUACGUGCUUCUACCUACUAGUACCUCCCUAGUGGUACAUGCAUGCCUCACACUACGGUCCGGAGUCUUUUUACUUCAAAUUACUCUCCGUACUUCUAGUAGUAGUAGCAGUAGUAGUAGUCGUACUUUCCUUGGAUUGCAGCCAAUAAUCCGCUGGCCGCCAAUCAGGGCCGGCCUGCUACCGAGCACCAUCCAAGGCCGCGUGCCGUGCGUCGUGCUCAGUCAGUCAAGACUCAAGACUCUAUCUACUCCGUACGGCACGUACGGACAGAGGAAUGGCAGCGGUCACGGUGGCACCCCAGCAAGCAGGGAGAGCAGGGAGAGCAGGGAGAGCAGGGAGAGCAGGGCAUGGCAUGGCAUGGCAUGGCAUGGGCAUGGGCACGACACAAGCAGGAUGGAUGGAUGGAUGGAUGGAUGGACGGAUGGAGGGGCGGAUGGAUGGAUGGAUGGAUGGAUGGAUGGAUGGAUGAAUGGAUACCCAGAUGGAUGCUGCCGGGAAGAAAGGCAAGGCAGGUAUCGCGGAAUGGCUGGAAUCUGCUCUGCCAAUCUCUGUUUUGGUCCAUUCUUGGAAAACUUCAUACCACGAACGGAUAUGCAGCCGUCCAAUGAAAGUGCCCCGCGGGGAGAGACGUCGCCCCGAGCGAAUCGCAAGGAGGUCCGGCCUUGGGGCCCUGGGUUUAGCCGAUUCCCGACGCAAUUCCGUUCCCCAAAAGUCUGA